GACUAUGGAGUCUGAUCAAAUUGCUCGGGAACACGAACUUCAGAGGGAGAUCAUAGACCUUAAAUGUAGGAGCAUGAGGGAUAACUUAUUAUUCUUUAAUAUCCCAGAAGAAAAAGAUGAAAAUUGCGAAUCUAAAUUAUUAGACUUAAUGGAAUCAAAGUUACAGAUCACUGAUGCAAAAAGUAGUAUUAAACUCCAAAGAUCACAUAGAAUCGGUGGGUUCAACCCUUCCAAGACCCGACCAAUCGUGGCAAAAUUCAGAGAUUUCUCAGAUCGUGAAAAGGUACGGAAGUCUGCAAAGCAUCUUAAAGAUACGCACUACGGAAUAAGCGAACAAUUCCCGGCAGAGGUUAUGGAAAAAAGAAGAAAACUCCUUCCAAUUAUGAAAAAAGCCCGGUCUGAGGGGAAAGAAGCUUAUCUCAGUGUGGACAAACUAUACAUCGAUAAACAACUGUAUAGAGGGCCUGUAUAGGAUAAAGCUGAGGGUGUUUUGAAAUGUUGUUCCUGGAAUGUCGAAGGGUUAACAUUAGCAAAGCGUUCUUCUUGCGACUUCUUAAAACUCAUUAACGGAUAUGAUGUAAUUUGCUUAUCAGAAACAUGGACAGGUAAAUCAUCGGUAAUAAAACUUAACGGCUAUAGUAAUCCUAUUCACUCUUAUAGAUACUUCCAGCACAGAAAAGCUAAACGUCAUAGUGGUGGAAUAAUAAUUUACAUUAAAGAUAAUAUAAGAAAAGGUGUUAAACUUGUGAAAAAAGAUAUAGACUGCAUUGUAUGGCUGAAACUUGACGGGUUGUUUUUUCAUACCGAAGAAGAUAUAUAUUUAGCAAUAACAUAUUUUCCGCCGGAAAAUUCGCCAUUUCAUAAUAUUUAUGAAACAGACUUAUUUCAACAAUUAGAAACUGAUAUCAACUAUUUCCAAAAUAAGGGAGCUAUAUUUGUAGUAGGGGAUCUUAAUUCAAGAAUAGGCCGAAAAUUAGACUAUAUUGAAAAUGACUAUAGCAUUCAUAAUGAAGAUCAGGACAUCGAUAUACCGUUACCGCGAGCAACACGUGAUUUAACAUCAAAUCGUUUUGGUGACUAUUUAUUAGACCUUUGUAA